GCGCGGCCGCUUCCGCGGGCCCCGGCGCCGGAAGCGGAGAUGCGUCACAGGGGCGGGCGACGGCGGCGGAGGCGGCGGCGGGUCGCGUUGGGGGUGCCUCCGGUGGACGGUCGCGACGCCGGGCGGGGAGGCCGCGCCUGCCAGGGGCCCGCGGAGGGCUGGGGCCAGGGCGGCGGCGGCCUGGGACGCAAGUGGAACCCCGCGCCGGCCUGAGGUCCCGGCUAUGGCUGCGGCUACCAUCGUGCACGACACGUCCGAGGCGGUGGAGCUGUGCCCUCCCUACGGCCUGUACCUGAAGCCCAUCACGAAGAUGACCAUCAGCGUGGCGCUCCCGCAGCUGAAGCAGCCGGGCAAGUCCAUCUCCAACUGGGAGGUGAUGGAGCGCCUGAAGGGCAUGGUGCACAACCACCAGUUCUCCACGCUGCGCAUCUCCAAGAGCACCAUGGACUUCAUCCGCUUCGAGGGCGAGGUGGAGAACAAGAGCCUGGUCAGGUCCUUCCUGGCCUGCCUGGACGGCAAGACCAUCAAGCUCAGCGGCUUCUCCGACAUCCUCAAGGUGCGCGCCGCCGAGUUCAAGAUCGACUUCCCCACCCGCCACGACUGGGACUCCUUCUUCCGGGACGCCAAGGACAUGAACGAGACGCUGCCGGGCGAACGGCCCGACACCAUCCACCUGGAGGGGCUGCCCUGCAAGUGGUUCGCCCUGAAGGAGUCGGGCUCCGAGAAGCCCAGCGAGGGGGUGCUGGUCCGGGUGUUUGAGCGCUUCGGGGAGAUCCGCAACGUGGACAUCCCCAUGCUGGACCCCUACCGCGAGGAGAUGACGGGCCGCAACUUCCACACCUUCAGCUUCGGGGGCCACCUGAACUUCGAGGCCUACGUGCAGUACCGCGAGUACGCGGGCUUCAUCCAGGCCAUGAGCGCCCUGCGCGGCAUGAAGCUCAUGUACAAGGGCGAGGACGGCAAGGCCGUGGCCUGCAACAUCAAGGUUUCUUUCGAUUCGACCAAACACCUGAGCGACGCCUCCAUCAAGAAACGGCAGCUCGAGCGGCAGAAACUUCAGGAGCUGGAGCAGCAGCGGGAGGAGCAGAAGCGCCGGGAGAAGGAGGCGGAGGAGAGGCAGAGGGCCGAGGAGAGGAAGCAGAAGGAGCUGGAGGCGCAGGAGCGCGAGCGGAAGCGGGAGGAGAAGCUGCGCAGGCGCGAGCAGAAGCAGCGGGACCGCGAGCUCCGCCGCAGCCAGAAGCAGCUGGAGAAGCUGCAGGCGGAGGCGCAGCGGAAGCUGCAGGAGAAGAUCCGGCUGGAGGAGCGCAAGCUGCUGCUGGCCCAGCGCAACCUGCAGUCGCUCCGGCUCGUCGCCGAGCUGCUGAGCCGCGCCAAGGUACCGCCUGCUGCGCCUGCGGGGACGCGGGGACGCGGGCCCCCGGCCCGGGGUGGGGCUCGUGGCGGGGGACGACGCGUGUGGCGUCCCCGUGUCGCUCCAGAUCCGGGCCCUGCGCUGAGGGAGCCCGCGGAGCUGUGGGCCGGCCUCCCCGCGUCCAGGCCUCGCGAGGGUCGCCCGCCCACCCCCGGGGCUCACUGGGGCCGCGCUGCUCAGGCCCCGUCAGGUCCGCUGCCCUGGGCCGGGGCCGGCCGGGGGUCGGGGCGGAGGCCGGAAGAUGCGCGGUCCUCGCCGGGGCCCCGGGAAGCCAGGCGCCUGGAGCCGGGCCGUGCCCCCUCGGUCCGCAGCUGCAGAGCUGACGGGUCUCAGCGGCGCUGUGCGGACGGCCCUCCCGGUUCCCCCCGCUGCUCCUCCUGGAGGCCAGGCCGUUGUGAUCAGUCCGCGGGAAGGAGCGUGGCGGGCGCGCUGAGACCUGUGGCAGCGUGUUCUUGUUUCAUGGCCGUGAAGCUGCGGGCGCAGGAGCAGCAGGAGGAGACGCUGCGGCUGCAGCAGCAGGAGGAGCGCCGGCGGCUGCAGGAGGCGGAGCUGCGGCGCGUGGAGGAGGAGAAGGAGCGCGCGCUGGGCCUGCAGCGCCGGGAGCGCGAGCUGCGGGAGCGCCUGCUCAGCAUCCUGCUCAGCAAGAAGGCGGACGGCCCCCGCGCGCCCGCCGAGCCGGGCGCCUCGCACGCCCACCUGCUGCAGCCCGUGCUGGACAUGCUGCACACCGUGUCGGCCGGCUGCGCGGGCGCCGCCCCGCCCACGCCCACGCCCACGCCCAGCGGCCCCCCGGAGGCCCCGCCCCCGCCCCCGGCCGCCGGCCCCGCCCCCGCCCCCGCCCCCGCCCAGAGCGUGAACGGGAGCGCCGCGGAGGAGGAGGCCGCGAGCAAGGAGGGGCAGCAUCCUCGCCGGGUCGGCGCCGACGACGGCCCCGCCGAGAAGAGGUGCCCCGGCGUCCUCGCCUGCAUCCCCGACAACAACCAGCAGCCCAAGGCCGCGCCCGCCGCCUGCGAGCAGAGCGCGCCCAGGAAGGACGCGCGCUCCGAGCAAGACAAGUGCAACCGUGAGCCCAGCGGGGGCCGCGGCCGGGCCAGCGGGGACCGGGGCAGCGACGACAGGCCCAAGCGGGAGCGCAGCCGGCCGCGGCGGGCGGGCAGCCGGGAGGACGCGAGGCCGCACAAGGAGCGGCGGCCGCACCGGAAGCGCUCGCACCAGGGCGGCAGCCCCCGCCGGCGCAGCGCCAGCCCCGAGCGCGAGCGCGAGCACGAGCACGAGCACGAGCACGGCCGGUCGCGGAGGUCCCACAGCGGAGACCGGCACGGCCGGCGGGAGAGGAGCCGGGACCGGGACCGCAGGGGCAGCUCGGGCAGGAGGCGCAGCCGCCACCGGCGCAGCGAGAGGUCGCGCUCGGGCUCCCCUAGCCGGCACCGCAGCACCUGGAACAGCUUUAACGUCAGCAGUCCUCUCUGAAUCAGGAGGAACACGUAGGCCGCCCGCCGUGAGAAUUGCAGACCACCCCGCCCCGCCCCGGGCACACAGGCUGGCAGCGCCGAAUCCCUGCACCUGCUCGGAGACGCCUCUCGUACUCACUUCACGGGAGCCGCCUGUCGCGUCUCGGGGACGGACUGUCCAGUGUGGCGGCCACAGCCCCACGGGGCGUGGAAACGAGGAAGCCUCGCCCUGCGGGUGUUUUUUUGUUUUUUGGGUUUUUCCCUCUUUUGUAAGUUCAACGGAUUGGGAACAGAGUUUGGGUGGAAUGCCAAAGGAAAACGGCUCUGGUGCAUAUAAGUCAUCGGCGGGGAAGCUGUACGUUCUGCAACACGGAAACUCAGAUGUGCCAUCUUUUUAGGUGUGGGCAGGUGCGGAAGUGGUACGGAGGGUCCCAGACAGUCACUUUUUUACAAAUUCAAGUAAUUCAGCGUAAAAAAAAAAAAAGGUUGAUGAAAGUUAGUUUUGGUUCCUAGUCAAGGUUAGCUUGUGUGGUUUUUUUAAGAAACCGUUUUGCUAAAUUAUUUUUACUUGGAACGUUUCAGAUUUAAUGCUGCAAACAUGUUAAAUUUUAUAAUCGUUGGCUUCUCUGAGUGAAGCUCAGAAAUACUUAAAAAUAGCUGUAUCGUCCGCCUUAGGAGAGAUGGUGUUUAUUCCAGUUUGCAUUUUUAUGGUGAAAUAAAAUCCU